AUGUUCCUCCCCUCGGCGCGCCUGCUGCAGCGCGUCUGCCGCAUCACCUACUUCAUGCGCGACAACUGCGCCCUGUGCGACAACGCGCGCGCCGUCCUCUCCAACGUCUGGGACAAGCGGCCGUUUGAGUACACCGAGAUCAACGUCAUGGCGCCGGGCCAGCAAAAGUGGAAGGACGUCUACGAGUUUGACACGCCCGUGAUCCACGUCGAGCGGCGCCCUGCAACCGACGGGCUCGAGACGACGACGGCCGCGCGCAAGCUCAUGCACCGCUUCAAGGAAGAGCAGGUGCGCGCGCUGAUGGACGAGGCGGAAAAGGAUUCCCCGGCCUGA